CUUUAUUAAAACUCCACCAAGCUUUCUUCAUCUCUAUCUCAUGUUACCGUUGACUUUUUACAUUAGACUUUUGAACAUCCAUGCCCCUCUAUGUUUUCAUUUCUCUUAAUUCCAACAGCUAUGGCUGAGCAAACCAUUUCUAUUAUCUCAUUCCAUUUCAAUUCUUGCAGCCGUUGCUUUGAUUUCUCAAGGAUAUGAACAGCACAGAUGACUCUGCAGCAGCAGCAGCAGCAGGAGGAGGAUUUCUGGGUUCUAAUAACAUUAGUGGAUUUGGCUAUGGCAUAGGAGUCUCCAUAGGAAUCCUCUUGCUCAUCACAACCAUCACCUUAGCUUCCUACUUCUGCACCAGAACCACCCAGCAGACAUCGGUGCCCAACCAGAGAAGGAACAGAUCAGAAGACUCGCUCGAGCUGCCUGAUAUUGUGGUGCACGUAGGGCUCGAUGAGGCCACUCUGAAGAGCUACCCUAAGCUGUUGUAUUCUGAAGCAAAGCUUCACAAGACAGAUUCAACUGCUGCUUGCUGCUCUAUAUGCUUGGCUGAUUACAAGAAUACAGAUAUGCUCCGCCUGUUGCCGGAAUGCGGCCAUCUCUUCCACCUUAAGUGUGUUGACCCGUGGCUGCGUCUGCACCCUACUUGUCCAGUCUGCAGAACUUCUCCAUUACCUACUCCUCUCUCAACUCCUCUGGCUGAGGUGGUUCCAUUGGCAAGCAGGAGUUGACAGAAUUAUCAUAUAUCCAUGUAAUUCCUUUGUAUUCUUCCCUUGAAAAAAUUAUGAUUUUUUUAUGACACACUUCUUGAUUGAAAUAUACAGACAUACGCAGAUAAUUUUAGAUUAAGGAGUUUGUGCAAAUUUAUCAUGUAAAUAAAGAUUGAUUUGCUAGUGGCAGACUCAAAAAUGAUCUCUGAUUGAUAAGAAUGAAAACAGUGAAAAGGUGGUAUUGGAAGCUAGAGGUCUCAAUGCAAUUCUCCCCACUUGGCCACCCACAUCUUCUAACAGUAACCUUUACAGUAAAGUUCUGGUUCAACCUAUGUACAUGUUUUUUUUUUGAAAUGGACCUAUGUACAUGUUAUAAUGCCAAAAUUUUCAAUUGAAAGUGACAAAAUCUAUUUCUUUU